GUGCUUAGUAUAUAUUUCCUGAACAGUUAGUUAGAUGGAGUAGGUGAAUCAUCCAAAAUUUCCCUUCCCUCGUUCUCAGUUCCUUAGAGAGAGAAGAGGGGUAGACUCCUGACUGCAGAAUCUGCUGUUUUCCACCGACCUAAUUCUUCAAUGGGUGCUAUAAAGGCAGCGGUAGCCGAUGGGGUGUUGACUUUUAUGUGGGUUUUUUGCGCAUCGACUUUGGGCGCACUCACUUUUGUGGUGGCUUCUGCUCUCGGAGUAUCCCAAGGACUACCCACUCUUCUCGUCACUACUGUCCUUGUUUUUGUACUGCUGUUCGUGUUCGGCAUCAUCGGCGAUUUCUUGGGCGGCGCCACCUUCAAUCCCACUGCAAUCGCUGCUUUCUAUGCCGCUGGUAUUGGAGGCGCCGAUUCUCUCUUCUCUGCUGCCCUCCGCUUUCCUGCCCAGGCGGCUGGUGCAGUAGGUGGUGCUCUUGCAAUUAUGGAGGUUAUGCCAAUGCAGUACAAACACAUGCUUGGGGGUCCUUCAUUGAAGGUUGACCUGCACACUGGAGCUAUUGCUGAGGGCGUUUUGACUUUCACAAUUACCUUUGCUGUCCUUCUCAUAGUCCUUAGGGGUCCAAGCAACCCACUAGUGAAGAAUUGGUUGCUUGCCAUGGCAACUGUUUCGGCAGUCGUUGCCGGUUCAAGUUAUACUGGACCUUCGAUGAAUCCUGCCAAUGCAUUCGGGUGGGCAUAUGUAUAUAAUAAGCACAACACAUGGGAGCAAUUCUAUGUUUACUGGAUCUGUCCAUUCACUGGAGCAAUAUUGGCUGCGUGGACCUUCCGCUUUCUAUUCCCGCCCCCAACAAAGCAGGACAAGGCGAAGAAAGCCUGAUAGCUUAAAAGUAAUUAUCAGUACUGUGAAUUUGAAAUUUUAAGACUUAGCUUUUUUAAGAUUGUUGUUGAAAGACCAUAUGUCUCUCAAAUUGGGGUUCAUUCCCAAAAUGUUAAUAAUCUAUUCGGUGGAGUAGUUCAAGUCGAUGUUUAGCUGAUGUGGAAAUUCUCACUUUCCCAAGUCCUAACAUAUACUUCUUAAUGAUUCAGGAUAAUGAGUUUUGAGGACAUAUAUGUUGUGUUACUGUUACAUAGUAUUUAUGUUCCUU